CUAUUUUCUAUGUCUUGGACCACCACCAAUAAUUCUUGUCUAAGAAAAUCAAUCUAGCUAACUCUUUGUGCACCACCACAUUCUAUAUAAAUAAGCAGAUCUCCUGUGAGUACCACAACUUCAUAGCAACACAACAUUUCAUUAUUGCUUCUGUUGAUACAUAAUUCAUUCAUUUACAACUCCAGAUUUUCAAACUCUAAAAGCUUUGAAAUAUCAUCAACAUAGACGCUAUGGGACUAAUGAACAAACAACAAAAACCUCAAUUGUUGUCUAAGAUAGCCACCGGCAACGGACACGGUGAAGAUUCCCCUUACUUUGAUGGAUGGAAGGCUUAUGAUGAAAACCCCUUUCACCCCACCAACAAUCCCAAUGGGGUUAUCCAAAUGGGUCUUGCAGAGAAUCAGCUUACUUCCGACUUGGUUGAAGAUUGGGUAAUGAGCAACCCAGAAGCCUCCAUUUGUACUCCAGAAGGAGUAUAUGAUUUCAAGGCCAUAUCUAACUUCCAGGAUUAUCAUGGUCUUCCAGAGUUCAGAAAUGCUGUGGCUAAAUUCAUGGGAAAAACAAGAGGAAACAGAGUGACAUUCGACCCUGAUCGUAUUGUCAUGAGUGGUGGAGCAACCGGAGCACACGAAGUCACUGCUUUUUGUUUGGCAGAUCCCGGUGAUGCAUUUUUGGUGCCCACCCCCUAUUAUCCAGGUUUCGAUCGAGAUUUGAGGUGGAGAACAGGAGUUCAGCUUCUUCCAGUUAUCUGCGAAAGCUCCAACAAUUUCAAGCUCACAAAGCAAGCCUUAGAAACCGCAUUGAACAAAGCCAAACAAGACAACAUCAGAGUCAAAGGCUUGCUCAUCACCAACCCAUCAAACCCACUAGGCACUGUCAUGGACCGAACCACACUCAGAACCGCAUUAACCUUCAUCAACGAGAACCGCAUCCACCUCAUCUGCGACGAAAUCUACGCCGCCACAGUUUUCGGCCACCCCACUUUCACAAGCAUUGCUGAGAUUAUAGAACAGGACACGGACAUUGAAUGUGACCGUGACCUCGUUCACAUUGUUUACAGUCUUUCAAAGGACAUGGGGUUCCCUGGUUUCAGAGUUGGAAUUAUAUACUCAUACAAUGAUGCUGUUGUUAACUGUGCUCGUAAGAUGUCAAGUUUUGGAUUGGUUUCAACUCAGACACAGUAUCUUUUGGCAGCAAUGCUUGCAGAUGAGGCUUUUGUGGAAAGGUUUCUGGGAGAGAGUGCAAAGAGGUUGGGCCAAAGGUACAGAGUUUUCACUGGGGGGUUGUCUAAAGUUGGCAUUAAGUGCUUGCAGAGCAGUGGGGGUCUGUUUGUUUGGAUGGAUUUGCGCCAUCUUUUGAAGGAGAAGACGUUUGAUUCGGAAAUGGAGCUUUGGAGGAUGAUCAUUCAUGAAGUGAAGAUCAAUGUUUCACCUGGCUCUUCUUUUCAUUGCUCUGAGCCAGGGUGGUUCAGGGUGUGCUAUGCCAACAUGGAUGACAGGGCUGUGCAGGUUUCUUUGCAGAGGAUUCGCGCGUUUGUUCUUCAGAACGUGGAGGUCAAGGUGCCUGAGAAGAGGCCUUGCUGGCAGAGUAACUUGAGGCUGAGCUUCAAGACUAGAAGGUUUGAUGAUAUCAUGAUGUCACCUCACUCACCUAUGCCACAGUCACCUCUAGUUAAAGCCACUACUUGAAUUGGCAUAGUUCUCUGCAACAUUUAGAAGAAAUAAAGGUGGAAGAUUUUUUGGUUCUUUGAUUAGUUAUUUUGGCAAGAUUACAUGGCUGCUGCUGGAUUUGUUCAUUUGAGAACAAUAGGGAAUUCCUGAUAUUGUUUCUGUAACUAGCAUCACAUAAGAACUUGUGGUGCUGGAUGGUUGCACCUUCAAUACUAGGGGAUUUUUUCUUUUUUCACUUGCCAAAUAAUGGGUUCAUGGUGAAAGAAGUUCAUAGAAUUUGUAAGGUUAUUGGUUUUGUAAGAGUCCUCAAGAGUCUAGAAGAUAUCUGUAUUAUGUUUAUUGAAAUUGUUAGGCCAAUUAUGGUUAAUUGUUAAUAAAGGUCUUCAACACAUGUAUUGUUAUCCAGUA